CAACACUUCCCAUCGGCUUGCUUUGCAAAAAAAUCGCCGAUGACAGCAGGAAGAAGACAAGCAGAGUGAAAAUUUUCAUUCUGGAUUCAUCAGUGCGAAAAAAAAGCAUCAACGAGAAGAAAUAAAGACACACCGCCCAGAACAAGAUGGACCUUUCAAUGUCCUCCUCCGCCGUCGCCACCGCGAGGGAGGAUCCAUUUGCCGCGGAGGGCAUAUUCAACCAGCAGGAUCUCCCGGUCGUGCCAAAUGACAACCCGGAGACCUACUGUCGCUUGUGUUUGACGACGCCGGACGUGGUUCCGCUUUUUCCGCCGGGGACCGACCCGAACGUGUACAUCCUGGAGCUGAUCGGGCAGUAUAUUGGCAUCGGGAUAACGAUGGAGGAUGACUUUUCCUGUGCGGUUUGCACUUCCUGCCAGUUGAUUCUGGACCAGUUUGACGUGUUCCGGCAGAAUUGCCUGAAAGUGGACAUUGCAAUCCGAAGACGAAGGCUUGGGUUGGAUCGGGUGAUCAAAGCGGAACCGCUUCCCGAUGAAGACGAGGGAGUGGAGGGGGAACUUCCGUUCGUACGGUUGGAAAACCGUGUCUAUCAGUGCCGCGUCUGUACGGAAAAGUUCCGAUCCAUGUCCCUGUUUAUGAGCCACUGCAAGGAGGAACAUCCGGAGGAGGCGAAGAUGUACAAAUGUAAACAUUGUCCCAAGUCGUUCAUGACCAAAACGGCCCGGCUUUCGCACAUCCGAUCUCACCAGCCAAGCAAUCCCGAUGGAGACCCCGGUGUGAUCCGGGUGCAGGUUUGCGAGCGCUGCAUGGAAACGUUCCAUUCGUACAAAACGCUCAAGGAACACAUCAAGGAGCAGCACUCCAAUGACCCUAAACAGGAAUCGUUGGUGUGCACUACCUGCUCGAGGCAAUUCAGCCGUAUAACAAUCCUCCGGAACCACAUUCUUCGGGUUCAUCUGGGGAAGCAGCCGCACAUGUGCAAGCAGUGCGGGGAGAGUUUUGCCUAUGCGCAGCAGUUGGCCGCCCACUUGAAGGCCGAGCAUGGUAUCUGUCCGAACGAGUUCGGGCAUUUUGACGAGGAACAGCUGGAUGACGAGGAAGGAUUGCCGCCGGUGACGGGCGGGGAGAUGGCGGCCGCGACUCAAGGCGGCGAAAUAGCGAUUAAGGAAGACCCGGAUAAAGCGGCGAACAAUUCGAUCUCGACAGCCGUCGAAGAUGCCGCCCUCAAACAGAAGAACCGCUACGCCUGCAUCGAGUGUAGCGUGAAGUGUGAGAGCCCCGAAGAACUGCGCAAUCACCGGAAGAUCCACCAGGACCCGACCUGGUGGAAGUGCAACCACUGUCGCAACUUUGUCAAGCACCAGCAAAUGCACCUGCAGAAGAAGCAUCCCACCAUCGGCGAGAACGAAAUGGAUGCCUCCUUCACGAUCCGGUACCGCUGCUGGAUGUGCCGCAUGUACUUCAAAUCGUUGUACCAGAUGGAGGUGCAUGCCAACGUUAAACAUCAGAUCCCCUUGCCGAAGAACCAUCAGGUGCCGCCGCCAUCCGAAGAACUGGAAGAAGGCGAGAUUCGACCGGAUGUGCCAUCGAUGAUACAAUCUGCGGUGCCACCGACAUCAACGCUGAUACACGCAGCCGCAGCUGGACUUCCUUCGGGCAUUCCACAACCGUUGACCGUACAACCUCCGUUGCCAUUCGCUCCGGAGCAUUUGCCAUUGUUGCUGUCCCAGCUGGAGAACGGAGCCAUGGACUAUCUCCGGGAGUUCAGCAGAUUACUCGAUCCAACCAACCAGCUCGGAUUGUCCGCACAGCUGGACAUCAAACCAAACAUUGCCGCUUUGAACGCUUCCAUGGCCAUGGAUCUCUCGGGAAGCAGUGCGCUGAACUUGUCCAAUGCUAGCCCGGCGAUGAACUCGACCGCUAACAGCGACGGUCCCUUCGAGGAUGCGGACGGUGAAAGCGAAUCCGAAGACGACACCUUCAUCCGGCUGGACAACAAAACCUACCAGUGCAAAUUCUGUCCGGAAACAUUCCGCCAUCUGCAGCUCAUCCGGAAGCACACCAAAGCGCAGCACCCUUCGGAGUGGAAGAGCUUCAAGUGUGUCCACUGCAAGCGACGUUUCCCGUCGGCACCGAUGCGUGAUAGACACGCUCACUUCCACAGCUUGAACCAUCCGUGCAAGUGCACCGAGUGUGACCAGAUGUACAGUUCCAAGAAGCGACUGGCCAAGCAUUUCGAACUCUUCCACAACAGGAAUUCCCACAGCUUUUCGAUGGAGCGCUUCAGGUGCAGCUCUUGCCCUCGAAUGUUCGUCGAGAAGAAGUAUUACGAUCUGCAUUCGAGAAUCUACCACGAGAACAAGCCACAGCGGUUGAAGAAUCUGUCGGAGAAAAUUCAGGUAUGCGAGCGGUGCAUGACGAAGUUCGAUUCGAAGGAUCAACUGGUGGAACACAUCCGGCAGAAUCACCGCGGUGAUCCUCCUCUGAAGAACUGUAUUUGCACAACGUGCCACAAGGAUCUGAAGACAGUUACACUGCUCAGGAUCCAUAUCAUGGUGGUCCACAUGGGUAUCAGUCCAUUUGUGUGCCAGCACUGUAGCGCCGAUUUCCCCUCGCGCCACUGGCUCUUGAAGCACAUGGAGAAAGAACAUUCCGAGAUCGCUUUGUUCAAGUGUCCGACCUGUGACGAUUCCUUCACUACCGAAGCAAGGCUGAUCGAACACAAGGACAAAGUCCACGCAGAACUAGAAACGGUGUUCGAUGCGGAAACAGGCAUGACCUUGUACCCAUGCACCAAGUGUGAGAAGAAACUCCCAUCAAAGGAUUUCCUGGAGAAGCAUCUGAUCAAAGCUCAUCCAUCGUUUAUGCUAAUGUACAAAUGUCCUCUUUGCAAUCAACCUAUUCGCUACCGGAAGCAGCAUAUGCGUGUCCAUCACGACAUCGAAUACAACCCCAAAGAGCACCCGUAUCAGGUCCGCUACAAGUGUCACUGCUGUUCGAAGAUGUUCCAGCAGAAGCGAAACAUGCUGGCUCAUCAGAACUCAUUGGCUCACCAGUGCAGUCGCUGUCAGAUGCGAUUCAAAUCGAAGAAGAACCUCUCGGCACAUAUGGCAGCUCAUCGGACGAACAAGUCGCUCAAAUGCGAAGACUGCGGGCUGGACUUUGGCUAUCGGGCCAGGUUGGACACGCACCGUGAGCGCUAUCAUAGUCCCAACUCGACGCAGGUCCUCAAAAUCAUCAACUGUCCGUACUGUCCGAAGUUGUUCAUCAGUCCGAGCAACCGGGAGCGACACAUCGCGGCCAACCAUGUGCAGAGCGAUUUCAAGGUCAAUUGCAACCACUGUCCGGUGCAGGUGACGGACACGGGCACGCUCAGGAAGCACUACAAGGCCGUCCACCCGGAAGAGCGCGUCACCUUCAAGUGUCCGGGUUGCGAGAGAUUCUACCUGAAUUUGUCUAGCUUUAAGGAUCACUACAAGAAGCACAAGGAAGACGCGGACAAGAGCACGAACAGCACGGUGGAUGGGUCGGACGCGGAAGGCGAGAAGAGUGCCGACGACAAGGCAGUGAAGGUCAAAAAGGAAGUGCAGGACGAGGAUGUUGAGAAGGAAAUGGGUGGGGUGGGCAAUUCAGGGCAGGAGCCGAAGGUGGAAGUCAAGCGUGAAGUUGAAAAUGGUGAGGCGAUCGAGGGAAGCCAAGGAGCAGAGGAAGGUAUUAAGGAUGAUUCAAUAAAAGUGGAUGAAGCGAAAAUGGAGAAUGCGACUGAGGUUAAGACCGAAAACGUACAAAACGGUGAAGUAGCAAAUGUGGGUGGCUCAGAUGAUAAGGCCAAGGAGGAAGCAAUGCUUGUGGAGGAGACAGAGAAGACUACCGUCGAAGAGAAACAGGAAUCCAGUAAAGAAGGCGAACAACAGUCGAAAGAUGCUGAAACUGGGCCAGAAAAGGUUGAUGGAAAUUCGGUCGAGGAUGCGGGGUUGACAGACAAAGCUGAAUCAAUGCUCGUAGAUGAAUCGAAAGCAGAUGAGAAUGUGAUCCCACAAGGGUCGACGAAACAAUUGGAGGCAGAUGAAGAGGGGAAGAUGACAGUCGAGGAUUCUAACAUUGAAGGCAAGGACAAGCCCUUAGAAGAAGAAAAAGUGGCUCCUGAACAAACAGAACCCAUCGUGUUGUCUGAUUCAAGCGAAUCUAAAACAGAACCCAUCGUGUUGUCUGAUUCAAGCGAAUCGAAUGACGUGGAAAUGGUUCAAAGAUCAGACAAGAAGGCGAUCAAUCAAGACAUGCCCACAAAACCCUCAGAAGAUUCAGAAGAAUCCAGCGAGAAAUUAGAAUCAGCAAAUGAAGUCGCUAAAGAAGUGAUCUCGGAACCGGCAUCGCCUACUGAAAAACCUUCGCAAGAGAAACAAGAGAUCGUUGACGAAGCGAAAGGUGAUACAUCUGAUGGAGAUGCAACGCAGAUGGAGCAAAAUAAUGAUAAAGCAAUUGCGAGCGGCGUGGAACAGAAAGCCUCUGGGGAAAUGAAGGAACAAUCUACAGAGAAAACUGCAGCGGUUACCGACGACAAACCGACUGUUGAAGCGCCGAAGACGAAAGACACAUUGGAAGCUGGAGAAUCGUCACAAGAAUUCAGCACAGCUGCAACUCAAGAUGCGCCGGGCAAGGCAGAAACGGCAUUAGAGCAAGAAUCAGUAUCAGAAGUUAAGUUACCUGUCGAGGAAGUCAAAUUAGAACAAGUUGAAAAAUCAUCAGACACAUCUUCCCAAAAGAAUCCUAUCCCUGAAGACAACCAGGAGAAAUUGGAACAAACUCCUCCAUCGGAAGUGAAGGAAACGGAAGACAAAUCAGUCAGCGAAGAAGAACCCCAGCUCGAUCAAAAGACACCGGUCGGGGAAGCGACUUCGGGCGAACCAGUCAAUGAGUCAGAAUCGGCUGAAGCACAGUCAAAACAAGGAAUAGCUUUAGGAAGCGAUGUAGUAUUAGGCGAAACUGCUACGGUAAGCGAUGCACCGCAGGUAGAAACUAUGAGUGAUAAGAAUGAAAACGAAGUCAAUGACGGGGAGUUGGCGGAACAGAGUGCAACGGAAACUGCUCCGCAGCAGAAGAAUGUCGAUCCAGGGAAGAUAGAACCAAAAGAAGCAGACGUGCCAUCGGUUGAUGAACAGCGGGAUGAAGAGGAACCUCCAAAGCCAUCAGAAAAGGUUGAAACAUCCGAGCAAUCGGAAUCGAAACGAGUUGAUGAAUGUGAAGAGAGAGCGGUACCAUCUGAGGAACCAGGCCAUUCCGCACCGGAAGAGAAACAAGAAUCUCCAGAAAACCCCGAGGAACCCCAGGAGGUGCCAAGCCCUUCCGAGGAAAACAGCAAAGACGAAACAGCCGCGUCGGAAGAUGCUCGCUCGGGCAAUAAUUCCCCUACAUCGACCGCUGUCGAUUCGCCGUACACGAUCGUGGAAUCGUCCAACGAAGCAUCGGAGAUCUCCGAGACGUCCUCGGUCAAGUCGGAGCGAAGUACUCUGAAGCGGAAAUCAGCACCCCCAAGCGAGAAGCGCCGCAUCUCGACGCGUAAUAUGCUCACGCGCAAGAAGCGUCUGAUGGUACUGCUGGAUCCGGCCGACGUCGACAAACUGGUGUCACUGAGCCGGACCAAUUCGCCCUCGCCGUCGUUGAAGCGGGUUGGCCGGAAAGGGUCCGUUUCGACCAGGGGAUCAAGCAGCGAGUCGCAACCGACCGGGAACGAUGACCAAAUGCCCGCCAAGAGGUUGCGACGGGAGCGGAGGACCCCCAACACGGAGGGCGGCUUGGCAGGAGGUUCGUAAGUAUUCAAAGAAUAUUCUAUUCUACGCGUAAAUAUAGAGAUAUUGUGUUAGUAGUAUAUGUCGAAUUUCGUCUCAAGAAGUUUACUAUAAAUGUAGUCCCCCUUCGUAUUGUAAUGGUACCCCAUUAUAUCAAUAAACCGAUUAAGUGUGGUGAAAGCUGCA